GUAGAAAUUGAAUUGUAUAUACAAACAAACAGUCAGUCCCCUUCGCCUAUUUCUGUAAAAUACAAUGUCUCUCUCUCCGUUGCUUCAGAUUUGGAACUUCGGGCGUAGGCCGCUCUCUCUCACACUUUCCUAAUUUUUCUCAUUUGAUCUGUUAAAUUCAUUUAUCCAAUUGAUUAAACCCUUAAUUCAUUCCCCGAACCUUCCAAAUUCAUGCGUUUCAGUGAGCUAUGGGCUUCAGCUACACGAGUGAAGAAGAGUGAUUAUACAAUUUUAAAGCGGAGUGGUUGCUGGGCAGCUCAAGGAUUGCUAUUUUCGUGUGCAUAUAUUGUAGUGAAGAAGUUAAUAAAAUCUAAUUAGUUUUCUGUAGAGAGUGUAAAGCAUUUUUGCCUGUUUCAUGUUCCGGGGACUUCUGAUGCUAAAUUCAUCCAAGGAUUUAGCUGAAACUAUGAUCACCAGGGUGGCCGGCCCUUCUGGUCAAUGGAUCCAGCAAGAAUCAUCUCAGCCGCUUAUCUUGAGUGAUGGCAUAUCUUUACACAAUAAUGUAAAUAACCAUAUACCUGUACAGACUAGUGAGGUAUUUUCUAUGGAAUUUCUUCAGGAUCCUUCUUCCAGAAUAGUUCCUACUGUGUCUGGCUUUACUGAGAAGCAUGAUAAGAGAGCUGGACCUCAAAGUAAGCUAAGCCAACAUCCGGGUUAUGAGGAGCUCACAGGACUACUUGGGUUGACAAGAAUAGAUUCUGAAUGUGCUUCUGACAUAACUGAAUUUGCUUCUGCAAGAGGGUCUAUCACAGAAAUCGAAAAUGGGGGUUUUGUGGAGAAUGAGCAUACAUAUAAUCAGAAAGUUAGCUCUUGUGGGCAUGUUGCUGGGGGAGCUACUACAGAGUUAUGCCAUGAUCAAGCUACUUCAGGGCCAACUGCUCCACCCUCAUCUAAAUCUGAAUCUUCACAGUCACUAAAAUCUUCUGGAUUAGGAACUUCAGAUUGUUCCCAGACAGGAAAAAUAAAAUUCCUAUGCAGUUUUGGUGGUAGAAUAUUGCCUCGACCCAGUGAUGGAAAACUCAGAUACGUUGGUGGAGAUACACGUAUCAUUUCCAUACGGAAGAAUAUUUCAUGGGAAGAACUUAUGAAGAAAACAUUGGCCAUCUGUAAUCAGCCUCACACUUUCAAAUACCAGCUUCCAGGAGAGGAUCUUGACGCCCUUAUAUCCGUCUCUUCUGAUGAAGAUCUUCAAAAUAUGAUAGAGGAAUAUUAUGGCCUCGAGAAGCUCGGGGGCUCCCAAAGGCUUCGAAUAUUUUUGGUUCCUUUGACUGAAUCUGAUAACUCAUGCCCUGUAGAUGCUGCUGUUGUUCAACCAAGUGAUCCCGAUUAUCAAUAUGUUGCUGCUGUUAAUGGCAUUGUUCGGACUUCCGCUCAGGAGAAUUAUCAUGAGCAGUGUGUGGGCCAUGAAGUCAGCAAGGUGAUACCUAAAGUAGACCAUGGUAAUGGUCUUUAUGUCCCACCUCCUGCUCAAUUGAUUGGUGAAUCUCAGAAUCAGGUUAGGUUUCCCAAUCAAUCUACUCCUUUUUCUCCUGUGCUUGUUCAACAGGGAGAUUACAAGAACGACCCAGGGAACACAUACAAGAACAAGUCGCCACAUGGUAGUAUUGAAUGUCCGGUGUCGUUUAGCAGCACCCAAUCAUUACCUGAAAACCCGAGUGGAUGCAUUAAUGUUGGUUAUUAUGCCCCACAGGUAAACCUGAUGAAUUUGCAGAGUCCUAACAAAAAAGAUGAUGUUGCCCUGCCAAGCCAAUCUAGUGAAUUGAUUUCACAUCACCAUGGUCCCAACAGAGACUUUGUUGCUCCAACAAUGGAACAAUGUGAUGCAAGCUUUCAACAGUACUCUUCUGAAAGAACAGAACCCAAGGAAAGGGCAGUUCUCUCUGAAAAGCCGAAUGAUGAAAUGGAUCUAUUACUGGGAUACACUUCAACUGUUACUCAAAAUGGAAUUCCGCAUGCCUUUUCGGAUUCAAAACUUCAGGAACAUGGAAAAAGAUCAGCUUACUGCUCACAAGAGGGAAUAAGCUCAUUUUCCUCUUUGAACUUUGCACCAGCUCAGUUAUCUUCAUAUGGAGUGUCUGCUGCUCAGCAAGAGAACCUAGGGUCUCUGCAUCAGAAUACAUACCCAGUCAGUUCUCUGCCUCAUAUUAGGGUAUUGAAUGGGGAAUUAACUGUGGCCAAUGGCAUGGCGCAAGAGUUGCUUUUCGACUCAAAUUCAGUGAGUAGAUGUGGACCCGUGCAAAGAAAUGUUAAUGGUACUGACAGUAGACGCAACCCAUCUGAAGCAGAUUUGGAAAAUUACCAUCCCGUUUUGAAAAACUAUAUGGACAAAAAUACAAUUUGUGAAAUGGUGAAUGCAUGUGAUGUCAAUAACGCACUUUUAUGUCAUGAUGUUAAAUCACCUGAUAACAAGUCAUCCAGAACAGCUGUGGUUUCGAGGAAAAAAAUGCCUGACGUAAACUCUGUUAUGCUGUCUAAUAAUGGAGGUGAUAUACCGGGUGAAGAAUCACAAAAUUUUGACAUGAAUUUCCUUGCAUCAGCAUCUUUAAUAAGUACAAUAAAUGAGCGGUCCCAAAGAAAUCAAUUUGAGAAUGCCUCAGCAGGGAUAGAAAAGGAUGAACCUGAGAACAAUAUAUCCCGGGUCAAGAGCUCUGAAGUUGCUGGGAGGAUUUCAAAUUCUGAGACGCAGUCUCAUGGUGCAGAAACUCUGACUGAUCUACUGCCUGAGUUGUCUGAUGGCCAAAAUUCCUAUCAUUCCCCCAUGCCAGCAGUUGUUGCAUGUCCUCAAGAUAUUUUUGCCAAAGAACCCUUGCUAAUAUUCUCCGAGGAAUUGUCAUCAUCAUCAGUUGGUGGUGAUGGAGACCAGUUGAUGUCCUCGCAUUACUCAGCUUUCAGGCAAAACCCAACCAAGGAUGUUGUUUUUAUGAGAGAACUUUCUUUAAUUGAUGAAGAAUUUACCAGUUACAGUGAUCAAAGAGUUGUGACUUCUGGCAUUGGUGAAUUUUCUAGUGAAAAGCAAAAGAUAGAAGAUGCCCAAGUUAGGAAGAGUAUCAAAGAAAGUCAGCAGGAUCCGAAGGCAAAUGGAAGAGAUAUUAGAUCACCCAGCGGUGACUUAUAUACUGCAAAUCUCCUAGGGUUGGACACCAUUGGUGGUGCAGUCAUAUCUUUCAGUGCAACAGACGGGGUGGCAUUUCCCCAUGACUUGGGGUUGGAGGAUGCCAACCCCAGUGAUAGAGAUAAGGAUAAUUUAAUCACUGAUGCUAUGAUGGUUGAACUGGAAGCUGAUUUGUAUGGUUUGCAGAUCAUAAAAAAUGCUGACCUAGAAGAAUUGAGGGAGUUGGGCUCUGGGACAUAUGGUACUGUUUACCAUGGAAAAUGGAGAGGAACAGAUGUUGCUAUAAAGAGACUCAAGAAAGCAUGUUUUUCUGGGAGAUCAUCACAGGAAGAAAGGCUGAUCAAGGACUUCUGGAGAGAGGCACAGAUCCUUUCAAACCUUCAUCAUCCUAAUGUGGUUGCAUUUUAUGGAGUAGUACCUGAUGGGUCAGGGGGAACUUUGGCAACCGUGACUGAAUUCAUGGCUAAUGGAUCACUUAGAAAUGUUCUUAUUAAAAAGGACAGGUCACUUGAUAGUUACAAGAAACUUCUAAUUGCCAUGGAUGCUGCUUUUGGGAUGGAGUAUUUGCACUCAAAAAAUAUCGUCCACUUUGAUCUAAAAUGUGACAAUUUGUUAGUCAGUCUGAGGGAUCCACAGCGACCCAUAUGCAAGGUUGGAGAUUUUGGACUGUCAAGAAUUAAACGCAAUACUCUCGUAUCUGGAGGUGUACGAGGUACUCUUCCCUGGAUGGCACCUGAACUGUUAAAUGGUAGCAGUAACCGAGUAUCUGAGAAGGUUGAUGUUUUUUCAUUUGGCAUAGCAAUGUGGGAGAUCUUGACUGGGGAAGAACCCUACGCAAACAUGCAUUGUGGGGCAAUCAUUGGGGGGAUUUUGAAGAAUACUCUUCGGCCUCCAAUGCCAGAGCGGUGUGAUCCCGAGUGGAGGAAAUUGAUGGAACAGUGCUGGUCUGCUGACCCUGAAGCUCGGCCAUCAUUCACGGAGAUUAGAAACAGGUUGAGGUCUAUGGCUGCUGCACUCCAGGCAAAGGGGAAUAGCAAUUCAGCCGGACGUGCCAACGCAAACACCCCUGUGUAAGUCAUAAGGAUAACGCACCUGCUUUUGUACUUUCGGUCAACUUGGUGGAAGCAUUGGGAAAUGGAUGGUUUUCUUUAUUUUGCUAAUAGAGCAACCUGGCUUUCUCUCUUUCUUUGCUCUUAAGUGAUUAUAAUUUUGUAUCAUUUUAUUCAUUCUUUGCAAUGGAACGCUUCUAGUCAUAGAAUUAGGCGUAAACUGUGAUAGUGUGAUGAAGUUACUGAGCUUGCUUUUUCUUCUUCUUGGAAAUCAGGUGUAUAUAGACGUUUGCUCAAGGAAAAAAUUGUGUCUUUUUGUUCCUGCCA